AUGAAGGCUAUAAGAAGCGUUUUCCACACCACCGUGCUGAAUUUGCUGUACCGCCAGUUGGUGUUGAAUGAGAUGCCUAUAACGGAGUAUAAGCCGAGUUUUCUCAAAGAGGCAUGGGCAUUGCACGGCAUCGGCACAGCAGUUCUGCUGCUCCGCUUUGCCGUGCGCUUCAAGACGAUUGGAAUUAGCAGAUUGCAGUUUGAUGACCUGUUCGCCUUCCUCGCGUUAAUCUUCUACGCGUGCGACGCUGCGACGGUUCAUCUUGUUUACUUCCUUGGGACGAACGUAGAGGCAUCGACAAUCCAAACGCAACGAGAAUUAUGUCCCGAAGAUGUCGCUGAUUUUACACUUGGGUCGAAACUGCAACUUGUCGCUUGGUAUUCGUAUAUAGCUCUUCUCUGGUCGCUUAAAGGGACAAUGCUUUGUUUCUUUUCUUGGAUGACCAUCGGAACUUUGCAUAGUCUGCUAGCUAAGAUGAUCUCAAUCGCAGGCGCUUUGUCUUACAUUGCAGUGUCUUCACGAGUUGUACCAGAUCCCGGAACUAAGACGUCUACCGCUCACACCUUUAGAUACCACUGCCACAGUUCUCAAUGUGUUAACCGACGGAGCGAUGCUCUGCAUUCCGCUACCCUUACUAUGGAAGCUCUAAUUCCCCUUCUGGCAACGUAUAUUCACGAAUGUAUCAUCAGAAAGCUCGCUAUCGGUAUACUUCUAUCAUCGGGCAUAUUCGUCAUGGCAGCAGCGCUCAUUCGUCUCGGCUUCUCAUUGUCGUCAAACCCGUCUGCUGCUAACGUCAACAGCUGGGGCGUGCGAGAGACAAUCGUCGGUAUAAUUACAGUGAACAUCCCCAUCUUGCGCCCCAUGUUCAACCGUUUAUUCUGGAAACCGGGUCUCAGUCCUCCAGGAAGCGAGAGGCGAGCCAAGUCAGGAACCGGAACCGGCACUGGGAUCAAAAGCACACACAUAUCCGCGCAGAUGCCUGAGGCCUUUGAGAUGGCCACGGGAAAGGCAGGUCAUAUGAACAAUUACACAAGAUAUAGAUCCAGCACGGAUGGUGACAGUAGCGAAGAAGGUAUUCUGAGAGACCCGCAGCCUCCGUCUGUGCUA